AUGGGAGGGUCUUUCUCUCGAUCUUUAAAAGCACAUCUUAUGGAGAGAGCCAGGAUUUGUAGAGUAAAACACUUCUCAGGUUCAGCUGAUUAGUUUGUGAGCAUCUCGACCGCUUCUUUUAAACAUUUCUGCUGCUAAACAAAACCCAAAGCCAAUGGAGAAUCAAGCCCUCAAUCAACAAGGAGUGGCUCAUGCCACAGGGAACGGACAGCGUCCCUUCAACAUGAAUCAUUACACUACUAAGAAGAGUGCAGCGCAGAGCAUGUUGGAUGUGGCUCUUCUGAUGGCCAACUCCUCUCAGCUGAAGACAGUGCUGCAUUCAGGACCUCAGCAUCGCUUCUACGCCCCUCUUAUUGCUCUGAUCUCACUUUCCAUCUCACUGCAGGUCAUUGUUGGCCUCCUACUCAUCUUCAUUGUGAAGUAUGACCUAAACGAUGUUAAGAAACAGCCGAGGCUGAACACAAUGAAUAAUAUGGCCACUGUUUUUGUGUUCUUUACUGUUCUUAUCAACAUCAUCAUCACAGUGUUGGGAUUUGAGUCUGAAGGAAACAGCAUCUGAUACUGCACUCCCUCCGAAUAAUACACAAGAAUUCCUCAUGUGAUUGUAUUUACACAUUUUUUUAAAUUUACUGUACAUUUACCUGAGUUGCCUCCAUUUACUGUAAUCAAAAUCUAACCUAAUCUUUUUUUCUGCCAUUUUUUUAUUUUUAUUUGUAUACCUUCAUUUAACAAAGCAUUAAUGUUUGAGCAAAUGUGUAAUUUGAUGUUUUGUGACAAACUGAAUUUUCUAAUAUGAAUUCACUUAAUUAUCAGCAGUCAAGAAAUAAAAACCAUAAGUUAGCUAUGUAAUAUUUUCCUCUCCUUGAGUAUUGCAACAGUACUGCUGAAAACCUCAUUAAAACAAUUUUUUUUUUUAACAAAUAUCACUUUUAUUAGGUAAUUUCAAAGUGGCAUUUUUUUAAAAGACAGCAAGCAAACAUUUUACAAAAAUAAGUUUGUAUAGUUUUGAAUGAUAAACUACUGCUCAAAUUUAUUAGACAAAAGUGUUUGGACACAUUCUGUAUGUGCAAUUACUUUGCAAAUUGAGAAAAGCUUUACAUCAACAUUGCAUUGCAUUCAUUUGUCAUUAUCUAAUAACAAUUAAAUGCAGUGACAUUCAUACACUGAUGAGCCAAAACAUUAUGACCAGACACAGGUGAAAUGGAAAAAUGUUGAUAAUUUCUCAAACUGAUUGAGCAUUUGUGGAACAUGCUGGACCAAAAAGUUUGAUCCACGGUGGCUCCACUUCGCAAGUAACUGGACUUUAAGGAUCUGCUGGUAAUGUCUUGGUGCCAGAUAGAGAUAAUGUUUUGGCUCAUCUCUGUAUACUGUAAUUUGGCUUAAGUUGUCCAAAUACUUUUUGGGUACACUAUAUAUAACAUUAAAAAGUAGUGUUUACAUGUCAUGGACAAUACUGUCUAGCAGAAGGCUAGUUAAUGAAUCUGUUUAACUCUUUCCCCACCACUGACCGAAUUUACCACCAUUUAUGAGACAACGCUUCCCUGCCAUUGACGGAAUUUUCAGGCUUUCCGUGUUUUUACUGUUAUACAGUAGGGGGCGCUAUUACUUAAUUUUCUGAAAGAGUACAGAAUCUCUGAAUCAAAACACAUGCAAAAAUAUGGAGCCCCGCACAUGACAUGCAGGGGGGAAAAAAGUAAAUCGUGCGCACGCUUUACUAAGUCGUUCUCUGGAUUUACUAAAUUGUGCGCAUACUACUAGCCUACUAUUUUUUCCCUGGAUGUCAUGUGCGGGGCUCCGUACAAAAAAAACAGAAACAAGUGAUAAAAGCAUUGCUAAUACACUUUUUAAUCUUUGAAAGAAAAAAGAAGCUUUUUUCACAACUCGAAAUGUUGCUUUUUAUGACAAGUGUUGAUAAAAAAAGAAUGCAUGAAGCUAGAAUAAUUUUUUUUUUUUUUUUUUUUUUUAAGAAUAUACUCUUUUUGGGGUUAUAUUGCAUGUUCAGAUCUUCAUACAACAAAAUAUUCUGGGGGCCAUGAAAGUUUUGUGAAAAUGAUAAAAAAAAAAAUGCUGGCGGUGGUUAGCAACUUUUUUAAAAAACAUUGAGGAAAGAGUUAAUAAAAAUGAUUUCUAUUUAUACAGUUUAUAUCCUUAGUAAUUAAAGACUUUAACAAUAAUAAUAAAGCACCCAUGGCUUUACUAUAUUGUGAAUAUAGUCUUGAUUGAAGCGGUUGUGUUGCAUUGUACCUAACAAUGACAUUUAGCUGUAACUAUUAUUCACAAAAUAGUCUAACCUUGUGUACUUUAUUGCUUUAAUAUACUCAGCUUUAAAUUCAGCACCUCAGAAUUCAUUAAAAAAAACAUCAAA